AUGUUGUCUAACGUGAAAUUUCGCGCCACUCCGGAGGGCGUCCCCUAUGUCGUGGAAUUUUCCAACAUCAAGUUCGCCCCUCCUAAGUCCCGUUGGUCCCGCUCCUCCUGGACCUCGAGCACCACGACGUCCUCCGCGACCACAAGCGCAAGCAGGAUCUCCGACCUCCCACCACCUCCCCCGCCCAAACCAUUUCCCCGCGCGAAACAGAGCGGUGGCCACAACCUUCUCAUCCGGUUCGGGCACCAGAACUCGUCCGAGCGUCGCAGGCCGCGAAGACUCUCGCCGAGAGAGCUCUGGGAUAUGAAGCGCGCGAUCGCUGAUGCCGUCACCGCGGCGGGGAUGACGUCCUCUCCUGUGGAGAAGCACGACGCGUUGGGCGAGGCCAUUUCCCAGCGCCAAGCUGCAAUAAAGGUUGCCCCUCGCAACGCCGCAUCUGGCGCCUUGUACGCCGGGACGUACGGACAGAUGCUGGGAGCUAUGAAUUCUGCUGGCCUGGUCGCGACGGAGGUAUCGGAUGUCUGUGGAGCGACCUGGCUAGGUGCCAUUUUCGUGCCCAAGUCGAGGGGGGGCAACCUGCAGUUCUCGACAUUGAAUUUGUGGGCAUAG